GUGAAUCAUGGUAUGAUAUUGAAGACCAGUCUACAUCCGAUUAUGGCAGACGGCAACAAUCUGUUACAACUGGAGGACGACAUUAUUGUAACUUGUGUGGAAAACUGUUUCCAAGCAACUGGAAAUUACAGAGACAUAUGAGAGUUCAUACCGGAGAAAAGCCAUUUAUCUGUAGUUUCUGUAAUAAAGGCUUCAAUAAAGACAUAGAAUUGAACAGAAUACUGAUAGUCAGAGUUGAAAGGUCACCAUCAGUUUCAGAAGGAAAUAAACAAUCCUAUCCCUGUAACCAUUGUGGACGUAUGUUUGACAGGAAGUACAAUCUUGAAGUGCACACACGAAUUCAUACUGGAGAACGUCCAUUCGUCUGCAAAGUUUGUGGAAAGGCUUUCAACCGAAAGUCAAUUUUACAAGCACAUAUGCUCACACACAUGUCUAGCAAUAUUUUUUUCAUCUGUUUUUCAGAAGGAAAUAAACAAUCCUAUCCCUGUAACCAUUGUGGACGUAUGUUUGACAGGAAGUACAAUCUUGAAGUGCACACACGAAUUCAUACUGGAGAACGUCCAUUCGUCUGCAAAGUUUGUGGAAAGGCUUUCAACCGAAAGUCAAUUUUACAAGCACAUAUGCUCACACACAUGUCUAGCAAUGUUUUAUAUUAG